AUGAAUAAUUACACAAUAAUUUUCUUCUUUUUUGGGUUUGUUUCUUCAAGUUUGUUUCAAUUUUCAGUUGCUUCUAUUGUUUCAACCGGUGACUUCAAUAAGGACUUCUUUGUAUUAUGGUCUCCCAAUCAUGUAAACACUUCAGAUGAUGGAAAGACAAGAAGCUUGAAACUUGAUCAAGAAUCUGGGGCUGGUUUUGCUUCAAAUCAGAUGUUUUUAUUCGGACAAAUUGACAUGCAAAUCAAACUAGUACCAGGUGAUUCUGCAGGCACAGUCUUGGCCUUUUAUCUGACAUCUGACCAACCAAAUAGAGAUGAAAUAGACUUGGAAUUUUUAGGAAACGUCUCUGGCCAACCAUAUAUUCUGCAAACAAAUAUUUAUGCAGAUGGACUUGACAAUAGAGAAGAAAGGAUUCAUCUCUGGUUUGAUCCCACAAAAGACUUCCAUAUUUAUUCUGUGUUGUGGAAUCUUCACCAAAUUGUGUUCAUGGUGGAUACAAUUCCUAUAAGAGUGUACAAAAAUCAUGCAGACAAAGGAGUAGCAUUUCCUAGAUGGCAACCAAUGAGUCUAAAAGCAACUCUUUGGAAUGGUGAUAGUUGGGCAACAAGAGGUGGCCAAGAUAAAAUUGAUUGGAAAAAUGGACCUUUUAUAGCUUCAUUUAGAAACUAUAAAAUUGAUGCUUGUGUUUGGAAAGGGAAUCCAAGAUUUUGUAGAGCAUCAAGCUCUAAUAAUUGGUGGAACCAAUAUAAGUUUAGUUCAUUGACAUCCAUACAGAGAAGGUGGUUUAAAUGGGUUAGGAAAUAUCAUUUGAUUUAUGAUUAUUGUCAAGAUAAUGAAAGGUUCCAAAGUAAUCUUCCUAGGGAAUGUUCUCUUCCUAAGUAUUGA